AUGGCUUCCUAUGCCGUCAGGAAAUCUAUAAACCUCGCACCGACUGUGCGUGCGCUCCCAAAUGGAAUCCCGAGCGCGCCACGUCUCAACCUCGCGGCACGAGCACCUUCGGAUGGCCAUGGUCAUGGUGCAGCAGGUCCCCGUUCUGAUGUCCCCACUCGCUUGACUGGAACAGUCACGAGCCCUUCAGUCGGUCUAGUUUCCAGGACCUUCGUUGCUCCCUCCCCCACAACCCAUCUCCACCAGCGCCUCAUCCACACGUCCGUUGCAGCGAAAGAUGCUCCUCAAGUACCCGAUUUCGCCCCCUACCGCCCGAAAGACGAGACCACCAACCGUGCCAUGUCGUACUUCAUGGUCGGUUCCCUCGGCGUCCUCUCCGCUUCUGUUGCCCAGUCCACUAUUACUGGCUUCCUGGAGACCAUGGCCGCAUCGGCUGACGUCCUCGCUCUCGCGAAGGCCGAAGUAGAACUUGCUAGCAUUCCGGAGGGCAAGAAUGUCAUCAUCAAAUGGCGCGGAAAACCUGUGUUCAUCCGUCACAGGACCCCCGAGGAGAUAGAAGAGGCACGGACUGUCGAUUUGAAGGCACUCAGGGACCCUCAGAGGGACGAGGACCGAGUGAAGAAACCCGAAUGGUUGGUUAUGCUUGGCGUUUGCACGCACCUAGGUUGUGUCCCGAUUGGCGAGUCAGGCGACUACGGAGGAUGGUUCUGUCCAUGUCAUGGUUCUCACUACGAUAUUUCUGGCCGUGCCCGGAAGGGACCUGCUCCGCUUAAUUUAGAGAUCCCUCCUUACGACUUCAAUGAAGCCGACGGAAAGCUCAUUGUUGGAUGA